AUGGACAACACAGGAGGCACGACUACGACAACUACGAUCACCCAGCCUCCCACCCACGCGAUCACUGCGCCCCCGCCCGACGGGGGAUAUGGCUGGGUCAUCGUCAGUGCAUGUUUCAUCCUCAACGGUUUCACCUGGGGCAUUACCUCAUCAUUCGGAGUUUACCUCUCAGAGUAUAUGUCGGCGGAUAGAUUCCAUGGGUCCCAACCGCUGGAGUUUGGCUUCGUCGGCGGACUCAACUUCAGCUGCGCCAUGCUCGUCGCCCCGCUCGUCACGCAUCUCGUUCGCAGGUUUGGCAUCCACGCCGUCAUGAUCCCAGGCUGCUUUCUGCAAUCUCUUGGCUACGGCCUCGCUUCUCUUUCCACGCGGGUCUGGCACCUCUAUCUGACACAGGGUGCCCUGGUCGGCAUCGGCAUCGGCUCUCUGGUAGUGCCGAGCACGGCCGUCCUGUCGCAGUGGUUCUCAAGGAGGAGGAGCGUGGCCAACGGCAUCAGCUCUGCUGGCUCGGGCGUUGGAGGAGCUGCAUUCACCUGGGGAACGGCAGCUGCCAUCCGCAACGUGGGCAUCGACUGGACGCUUCGCAUAACCGGCCUCGUCGCCUUCACCGCCACGCUCAUCGCGACUCUUGUGCUCAGAGACCGGAACCAGCACGUCAGGCCCACUCAGGCCGCCUUCGACGUGGUGCUGCUCUGUCGCACAGAAGUCAUAUUGCUCCUCUGCUGGACCUUUGCCAGCAUGUUUGGAUACGUCACUUUGCUCUUCUCCCUGUCCGAUUUCGGCCUCGCUAUCGGGCUGUCCGAGUCACAGGCGACGAGCAUAAUCGGAUUCCUCAACGUCGGGACUGCUCUGGGCCGGCCGAUCAUCGGCAUCGUGAGCGACCGUUUCUCGCGGAUCGGGACAGCCGCCUCGCUCACUUUCGCAUGCGGAGUCAUCUGCUUUGCGUUGUGGAUACCUGCCAGAUCAUUUGCCCUGACUCUGGUCUUCGCCAUACUUUGUGGGGCAAUACUUGGGGUGUUCUGGAUGACCAUUGGACCGCUGGCGGUAGAGAUUGCCGGCCUCAAGGAAACCCAGUCCUUAUUGUCCUUGGCCUGGGCUACCACAGUGAUUCCAUCAGCUUGUGGGGAGCCGAUCGCUUUGGUCUUACGCGGGCUCUCGUCUCCAAGGGCAUAUCUAUAUGCUCAAUUGUUUGCCGGUUGUUCUUACAUGAUUGCCGGUGUCUUCAUCGCAGGCUUGUGGAAAGUAAACAGAUCUAAAAACCAUCCUUGA